ACAGGUACUGUUCUCUGUACUCAGUAUGAGGCUCUCUAGUUUGAGGAGUAUCUAUCAUAGUCUCCCCUACUUCCAAACGGACCGCUGUAUCCCCAACCAUUCAGCAAUCUCCAACUCUGACUUCCAUGCCCUGAAAAGUUUCAUCGAAACCUCUAAACGACUGUUUGUCCUAACUGGAGCUGGUAUAUCUACAGAGAGUGGUAUCAAAGACUAUCGAUCAGAAGGUGUGGGACUGUAUGCUACUACAAAUCAACGUCCGACCACUUACGAUAAAUUCGUGCGGAGUGCGCAAGUUCGACAACGUUACUGGGCAAGAAACACGACGGCAUGGCCUGUAUUCUCAACCUUUAAGCCAAACUUCAGUCAUAAUUUCCUCGCAAGUCUAGAGCAUCGUGACAAACUACACUGGCUAGUCACUCAAAAUGUGGACGACCUUCACCACAAGGCCGGUAGUCGAAGGGUGACGGAACUUCACGGAACAGUUUUCAGUGUUAUCUGCCUCAGCUGUUGCCACAUGUACCCACGACCUGAUAUACAAGAACAAAUAUACAGGGACAAUGCUGGGUGGGCCGCUCAGCCUCAAGGAUUUGCACCUGAUGCCGACGUUUUCGUUGCUGAAGAAUUCGUGAGAACAUUCCGAGCCCCAGAGUGUGUGAAAUGUGGAGGAGUGCUUAAACCUGAUGUGGUGUUUUUUGGCGAUUCUGUACCGAAAUCUCGUGUGGAACUGAUAGCUAGACGUCUUGAGGAAAGCGAUGCAUGUCUAGUGGUUGGAUCGUCUCUACAAACAUACUCUUCGUUUAGACAUGUGAAACAAGCCAAAGAUUUGGGGCUGCCUCUGUUAAUACUGAACAUUGGGCCGACUAGGGCUGACUCAUUAGCCAGUGUGAAAAUUAAUGGACGAUCUGGGGAGGCAUUUGAAUGGUUGCAGGAUCAUCUGUGACUGACUAACAACUCGAUCCUCUAGCAUAUUGACACUCUGUGUACAUGUAUAGUGCUUUAUCAUUUAUCAUGAGUUUUGAAUUCUUAAUAAUAAAUUGUACGGAUUUAUUGCAGCUUUG